UUCUCGCUUGAAUAUACGUGAGGGUACACACUUACAAUAGAGGUGGUUCUCUUCUCUUCUUUUGAUUCGAGUAACGACUCUUUUGCCAGUUUUUAGUCUCCAGGUUUCCAGCCUUUAGGCAGAAGCAUCUCCCCCAAAACCUUUAUUUCUUAGAUUUUUCGAAAAGUAAAGAUAAGCGGCUCCCGCUUUCCCUCUCUCUCCCUCUCUCUUUCUCUCCUUGCUUUUAAAGAGAAGCAUGGACGAUAUUCGUAGUUGGUGGGAAGUGCCCUGUAUUGCUCAUUUUUGUCACAUUUUCGCUAAACCUUUCAAACUAGUUGACUUUGAUAUUGAGGAGUUAGAGGACACAUUACUACUUGAUGAAGUCAAAGAUGGCUCCACUCCCUCAUUAUUGGUCAAUCUCUAUUGUGGAUUGCUGAAUGGGAUAGUUGAUAAAGAAGUCAAUGAGGAGAAUUGGGAGUUCUUUCUUAAAAUGCACUUGCAAUGGAGGGUAGAUCAUCUUGGAGAAGAAUGGAAUCCCCACAAGGACAAAAUUUACAAGGAUCUGGACACUCGUACUAAGGUUGAGAUUCUUCAUAAAAUGAUCCACUGGAGGAUGGAGCUGGAUGACAUUGGUGACCUGCUGAGGGGUUUAGAUGGGCCUACAUUACGUGUCCAAUCAAUUGGUAAAGAUGAGUCUGGUAAUGUCUACUGGUACUUUUAUGGUACGAGGCUCUACCUGGAGACUCCAAAGAAGAAACCUCCUCGUAAAACCAAACAGGACCAGUCCACAGGUCCCAAAGGAAAGAAAGGGCGUGGCUCUAAGACAAAUAAGGUCCUGACCCCGCCCCCUCAGACUGACGGAGAGGAGGAGGGUGGGGUCUGGAAGAUGGUGUGUUCUACAGUGGAGGAGUGGGAGGAGCUUGUUGAGGACCUGAGCAACACAAAGAGGGGGGAGGGACGGAAACUCUACAAUUACAUCAACAAUGAGCUCCUACCUGAUGUACUCCAUAGUCUACAUCAGAAGGAGAAGAUGUUUAAGAAGAAGUUGUUGGCUGAGAUGCCUAGGAGGACAUCAGACAGACUAGCACAGAAGGCAGAAGAAGAGAUAUAUGAAGCUCUAGCAAGAGAGAAGCAGCGAGAAGAGAACAGACUACUUGAAGCUGAGGAGAGAGCCCAGAAAGAAGCUGAAGCUGAGAGAAAGCACAGGGAGAAGAUGGAGGAAGUGAUUAAAAGACGUAAAGCAAAAGAAGAGGAACAAAUAAAGCAGCGACAAGAGGAGGAGAAGAACUGGUCCCUGGCCAUGAGUGGGGAACUGAGUGGACCAAGGCAAGCUGCUAUAGGAGCAGUACAAGGAGUAGUAGAGACACAGCAUCUCAUUGAAGACUCUUACAAAGAUGAAGUGCUCUACACUGCCAUGUAUAAAGUUCUGAGUGGUUUAAGGCGUCACGAGGAUGGCUGGGUUUUUGAGGAACCAGUUUCUGAAGACAUUGCCCCUGGUUACUUUGAUGUAGUUGAUAAACCAAUGGACUAUCAAACUGUGGAAAAGAAAAUAGAAUCACAGCAAUAUACCACAAAGGAAGAAUUUGUCACUGACAUUGAGCUGAUAUUUGCCAACUGCAAAGCUUACAACGGAGAAGAGAGUGAGUAUUAUGCACUGGCUGGAGAGAUGGACGAAUUAUUGAAGAAACUGCUGACAGAACAGUUUGUGGAUGAGAUGCUUAACAAAGUUGAGGAGGAGGAGGAGGAGGGAAAGAGAGGGAAGAAGAAGAACUCACCCUCUCCUGAACUAACCUCUGAGAGCUCAGAGGAGAGCGAGGAGGAGAGCGAAGUGGAUGAGGACGAUGAUGACACAAUUGAUAACAUUAAAAAGAAAAAGAGAAGCAAGUCCAAAGUAGUCCUGCCUAUGUCACACCCCCAACUGAUGGGAAUGAGACCACAGGUACCAGGAAUGAGCCGGGGGAUGUUCCCCCCUCCCCACAUGAUGCGUCCAAUGAUGUCACCUGAAAUGAUGGGAUACCCCCCUCAGUAUCCCUAUCCCCCGUACAUGCACAUGCGCCCGCCCGCCAGGGACAUGUAUUACCCGCCCCCGGACUACCCUCCUCGUUAUCCUUAUCCUAUGAACGGAGCCCCGCCCCCUUACAGGCAACACAUGUAUCCUCCUGAUUACCCAAUGCCUCCAAUGGCCCGGGGACCUCAUCCAAUGGGUGGGGCUAUGCCGCCCAAUCAAUUACAUAACCCAAGGGGCGGGGCACCAGUCCCACCCACUCAAAUGCCUAAUGGACCUCCAAUGGAACAAGCCCCACCUGCUAGUGCCCCGCCUACUAAUAUUCCUAAAAGAGUUAGUUCUCCAAGAGUUUCCAGUACCGUACAGACUCCACCCACUUCUGGUGAUGAGCAUGAUGAUGGGCGGAGUCAAGAUGAGAAUGCUCCACCCAAAGAAGCUCCACUCAAGGAAGAUGAGUCUAAGGAGGUGAAGGAGACUGAUGAUAAAAGUGUUCGUGGUGGGGACACGCCCUCUAACCCUCCUCCCCCUGGAUACCCCUAUCAGCCACACCCAUCAAUGUAUCCAAAUUGGCCUCACCCACAAAUGAGAGGGGAAUACCCUCCGCCCCCUCACUUGAUGAAUGAACGUUACUAUCAAUCAAUGAGACAUAGAAUGCCCCCUGGUGGGAGUUACCCACCCCCUGGGGGAAAUUAUCCACCCCCUCCCAUGGGGGACCAUCCCUCAAUGUGGAAUGGGCACCCACCUUAUCCAGGGAUGGGCGGGGCUGGUUACACCCCCCAGCAGAUGAUGAUGAUGGAGAGACAGAGACGAGCCUAUUACGAGUAUCAGAUGAGGUUAAGAAUGAGGGGACCAGGACCACAAACCCCACCCACUCAAUCAAGAGCUACUCCACCAAGCUCAGCUUCUCCCAGCAAUAAAACAAAAGAUCACGUGGCUCCACCUGUAACCACACCCUCUGCUCCACCCACAAAUACUGAAUCUGCUGAAACUGAUAAAGAUAAAGUUAAUAAUAAUGAAGAUCAGUUGACUAAAGGAGACAGUGAAGAUACUAAAGCUACCGGUGGUUCUACUGACAGUAAAGGUGAUGAUGAUGAUAAAGAUGAAGGAGGAAAACCACAGGAUGGUGUCACUAAAGAAGAGUCUAAUCAUAAAGAAGAGGUUAAUCAUAAAGGUGACAGUAAUUCUAAAGAACCUCCUAAACCAAAGCAUUAUCCACACCCUUCUCCCCAUCCCUCUUGGCCACACCAGUAUCAUCCCAUGAUGUCCAACGGUUACGCCCCCCACAUGCAGCAGCCUCAGUCGCCUUAUCAUCACAUGUAUCCUAGAGGCCACGCCCCUCCUCCCCACCACCACCCGUCCAAUCAGAUGCAAUAUCCACCCCAUCAUUAUCCAGAUCCUUCCUUUUACGGUCAUGGUGGGCGUGGUUACAGUCCAGCGGAAAUGGAGCGAUGGCAGUACAUGGAAAUGAUGCAAAGACACCACCGCCAUCAACAACAACAACAGCAACAACAACAACAACAACAACAACAAUGGCUGAUGAGUCAACAACAGAGGAGUGGUUCAGGUACUCCUCCAGUCAAGAGAUCUAGACCAGAUCUGGAGGAAGGGACUCCACCUCUUAAAGACUCCAAUACUGACCACACCCACAAGACAGAUAGUAACCACACCCAACCACCAGCUUCUACUGAAGCUCCUCCUCCCAGUAAACUAGCUAAGAUUGCUCCAGUAGCUGAAGGUGAAGGAGGAAAGGUUAAUGGUGUAGCAGGAGAGGAAGAUGAUGGUGAAAGAGCUGUUUGAUCAUAAUUAAUAGUUUUUACACAUUAUGAUACAAUAAUAUUACUAAUAAUACAAUAACAUUAAUAUAGGCAUUCAUUCAUUUCACAUACACUCUCCCUCCCUCUCUCUGUCUUAACACAGCACAUACAAAACAUUUCUGUCAUUCAUCACAACCUUUUUCUUUUUUUCUAAUUAUAAAAUUUAAAAUAUAUUAAGUAGCAUGGCAUUCAGUUGAUCACUCAUUCUUCUGAGUCUCAUUUCCUUGCACUGUGUGUGUUCUUAAUGUGUGGUGUGGUGUGUUUGAUUUGUUGCAUUAUUAUUCAUUAUAAACUCA